AUGGCAGACCACAAGCCCUACGUAGUCAUCUUCAAGAACUCGACUCCCUCCUCGGUCAUCGACGAGGAAACGAAGAAGGUCGAGUCGCAGGGAGGCAAAAUCAAGCAGAGAUUCGAUAGCGAGAUCAUGAAGGGCUUCGCUGCCACCAUGCCUACCUCGCAUGCCGACUCUAUCCAGUCGCUCAGCGCCGGUGGCAAGCACGAGCAUAUCGACUACAUCGAGCCCGACUCGGAGGUCAAGACGCAGUAG